UCUGAAGCAUUGGGAACACUUCUGUUAUCUGCGCCUGUCGUCGGAGGCACAAGAUAUAUCUUUUUCGAAGAAAUAUCAGAAUUCCCUUCAAUCAACACGGGUUCAAUCUCCUUGGUGAUCGCUACAUUUACAGGACUUUUUACAGGCACUUUGGCAGCUUUUACAGGCAAUUUCACUUUGACGAUAUUCAUAAACGUUGGAAAUCCUUGUUCGUCAAAUCCACCGGAUCUGUUGUAGUGAAUUCGUUACUUUUACUUACGCUCAUUGGCACACGUCGGAGAAGUUGCUUUUCCGUCAAUACAACAGGCUCUGGGCUAAUCGUUCCGUCUAUGGUGCAAAAUUUCUCUUCAACGCAUAGCAGUGCUGCUGCACAUCCAACCUGUACAUGGGUCGGGAUUGCAAAACCGCCUGAUUUUGAAAUUUCAAUGGAAAAAAAAAAAAAAAAAAACGUUGAUAAAAUUGUUGUUGCAAUAAGAUGUUCCUUAGUACUACUAUGCUGUCCCAUGCAUUUCGUUAAAAAUCGAUAUUAAUGGCAACAAUUAUUUCGUUUGGCAAUCGGCAAAUUGAAAAAUUGAAUAAUUCAUACAAUCUGUUAAAGUAUACGGUUGCAUAACACUUGAGAGAACUAUGAAUAUUUAUAGAAUAAGCCUAAGUAUUCCCGUGUUUCCCCGGGCUGUUUCCCCGAGAGGUCAAUAAUGAGAAUCCUAAAUCAAAAUAAUUUCGAAAUAGAAACGAAACACAUCGGUUAGAUAUCUCUUCAGUUAGAAACCUCUUUCAAAAUAUUCCUGUUUAGAAAAGAUAUUGCAAACAUGUUGUCCUUAACACAUACAGUGAGAGUGAGAAAUGAAUAUAUAUGCCUCGAAAUCAUGAAAAUUGUCUAAUAUUUUAUAUAAAUUUUUUGUUACAAUCUAGAAACUG